CUCCCGUCCACCCUCGUCAUCUCCUUCACUGUGCCACAACCUAGGACAUGUCGACGUCAGCUACCGCUCGAUAUAUCCCGACGCCAUCACAAAAGAAACCCCUUAUGGACCAUUCGAAGGUUCAUCGAGCGAUAGCUUUCUCUCCGAGUCCUCAAACACUGGUGCUUCGCAGGAGGUCGUCUCAUGGCCCAUCGCCACUUGGAAAGUCCGUGAUCAUGCCAGUGAAGCCGGACAGCCCCAAGCCGCCACAGAGGACAGUCCGUAGGCAUUCCGAGAACCAAGACGAGGCUCAAAACACGGACGUAGAGUCAAUUUCGGGGUCUGAUCGAUCCUUGGAUAACGUGGAAGCUGCACGACAAUCAAGCAUGGCAAACACGCCGUUCAAGGGUGGCCAUGCUGUUGACCUGAAGACCACUUCCGCGUCAACUGUAAACGAGACAGGUGAUGCAGAAGACGAAGACGCGCCUGAAGAUGAACUCGACCAGUUGUUAGAAGAGUUCCGGGGAUGGAAGCUCGACAUGAAGCAUCUGAUGGAGGACUUCAAGGCACAGCUGGACGAGCUGCAGGAAGACUUCUCAAAGACUCUGCGAGCGAUCCCUACAGACGUCGCCGCUAUGCCAUUGUAG